AUGAGCCUCCCUGACAAGCUGAUCAACCUAUCUUCUCUUAAACGACGAAGAACUACUCGAAGUGGUGCAGUAAAAGGUCAUGGUAUGUCGUCUUCUAUCAGUCAACCUUCUUCUAAAUCCAUGAAUCCAGAACCUUCUCCAGAACCAUCUGCAACAUCUACAGUCCAUGACCGUCAUGUUAUUACUAACCCCAAACUAAAGCAUGCUGAAGAAAAAUUGGCUUCUUCCGAUACAAAAACCCUAAAUCCUGAGACCGCUCUUUCUUAUACUCGGGGGAGACCCCUAUUAUUGAACACCCAACCCACUGUCAAAAAGUUAAACUCCAACCAAUUUAUCUGCGGCUGCUGUCUUCCAACAAAAACUUUUUAG